CAUGGCGCCCACCCGCCUUCAGCUGCUCCGACUGCAACUUCCAUCUCCAUCAAUCAUGCGUCCACUUUCCUCCUCAGAUCCGCACCCCCUUCCAUCCCCAACACCCUCCUCUCUCUCUCACCAUCAACAACCACUCCUGCAACUGCUGUUACCAAAUUCCCACCGACCACCUCUACCGCUGCUCCGAAUGCGGUUUCCAGAUCGACCUCCAAUGCGCCAUCGCCGACCCAAAAGCCAGCGGCUUACGACGGAUGCCAACUGGCCAGUUUCAACAUUUCAGCCAUCCCCAUCCGUUGACCUUCACCAUAAACACACCGCAAAAGUUGUUUGCCUUGUGUGCCAACUCCUUAUAACAUCAGGUUCUAUUUACUUCUGCUCUCGCUCCGAUUCCUACUUUCAUCAACAAUGUGCUGAGCUUCCUCGGGAGAUUCUAAAUCUUGUUUUUCAUCACCAUCCCCUGUUUCUUUUUCCUCGACCCUUUGUGUACAACUCUCUUUGCGACAGCUGCAGAAAUGAAUGCGUAGGAUUCUUCUACGGCUGUCCGCUGUGUAAUUUCAAUCUUCAUGUAGCGUGUUUGUCAUCCUUCAAACACCAACACACUUUCCUCAAUCUCCGGAGGGUGCUUUCUUAUGAUUGCCAAGCUUGUGGCAAGUCAGAGCGUGGAUUUCCUUGGUUUUGUAACAUCUGCCAUCUCUCCGCCCACAAAAAAUGUGCAGACUUACCAUUGGUUCUCCAAACCUCUGAACAUUGUCAUCUCUUGGAUCUCACAUUCUCUCUUCAUCAACUUGGUUUGAACAACUGUAUGUGUAAAACCUGCGGUGAAGAGAUAAACAAAUCGUAUGCUGCAUACGUUUGUCGCCAAUGCAGCUAUGUCGCGCAUUUGGGUUGUGCUGACAGUCGACGAAUUGAAAUUUUCAAUGAGAGAUCAGUGGAUGCUAACAAUGACAUCAAUUUGGAAGGUGGGAUUCUUCAUUUUAGCCAUGAGCAUAAUUUGAGCCUCUGCUCUGGCGGGGACAGGCAUUGUGAUGGGUGCAUGAGGUACAUACAACUCAGUCCCAAUCUUAUGGUUGCUCGCAGUGCAACUAUUUUUUGCAUCAAGAAUGUGCAAGAUUGCCAACACAUAAGACUUGCUUGUUCCAUCCACAUUUGUUGAAUUUGAUCUUCAUCUCAGAUUUUGUAUUCUCAUGUGCUGUUUGUCUUCAAUAUUGCCAUGGCUUCGCCUAUCAAUGUGAACAAUGCCCCGGC